AUGACUGCGACAACCGAGCUUCAUCCCAACCCUUCACCCUCGCCUGCUGGGGAUGUGCCAUCCGUGGCUUUUACCCUCGAGCAUGGCGAGGUCACUGCCGCACUGUCUGUGAGUAGUGCUGUGGCCACCACACUGCAGCCCUACCGCGCCAGCUGGCUGGCCGACGACACCAUCUCUCCCCUCAGUCUAACGCUGUCCUUCCUCGGCCAUUUGACCCGCCAAAAGGCCCCUUUAUCAGCAGUCCAGACCGCUGUGAGGGCCUUUGAAACUCAGUAUCUCGGAGGCAUUGACAUCCACACGGCUGUCACUAUCCUGCCAGACGCCCUUGGUGCCAAAAAGACUGCCCUGCGAGAUUACUAUGCCGCCGCAGCCUAUACCGGUCAGCCCUUAUCCAACUCACCCAGUGCCUUGUUCAAAUCCGCCCAGACAGGCACCUCACGCAUCACAACAAUCUUUGGCGGCCAAGGAACGGCCAAUCCAUCGUGUGUGCGCGAGUUACGGUCUCUCUAUACCACCUACCGCCCCAUACUCACUCAGCUCAUGCAAGAAUGUGGCCCUGUCCUGUCCUCUCUGUCCCAGCGCCCGGACACACAGUCCUACUUUCGCGGUCGUAUUAUCGACUUGAAUUCCUGGCUGGCCGGCGCAACAACCCUCAAUGAGGACUUUGUCAGCGCUGCGCCUGUCAGCCUGCCCAUUCUAGGACUCUUCGACCUGGCCCACUACUGCGUCAUCUCCAGUGUUUUGGGUCAGACCCCCGGGCAAGUGGCUACUUCGAUGCAUGCCAUCUCUGGCCAUUCCCAGGGCAUUGUUGUUGCCGCUGCUGUGGCUCGUGCCGACUCGUGGACAUCGUUCUACGACAACGCCCGGCUGGCUGUCGAGCUGCUGUUCUGGAUUGGCUUUGAGAGUCACCAAGAUGCGCCUCAGUUGUUCAUCGCGCCCGACCUUGUUGAGCAAACCAAGGAACAAGGGCAUGGAGUUCCUUCGCCAAUGCUCUCCGUGCGAGGACUUGAGCGGCCAGCACUGGAAAAGCUUCUCGCCCAGUGUAAUCAGGUUCUCCCUGAGUCGCGCCAGCUGCAUAUCGCCCUCAUUAAUGCCCGCACAAACCACAUCGUCGCUGGUCCUGCAGCGUCACUGUGCGGUCUCAGUCAUAUUCUCGCCGAGCUGCAAGCCGCUGGGGAGAAGGAUCAGACUCGCAUCCCCUUCAGCCAACGCAAGCCCGCCGUCACGCACUCCUUCCUCCCCAUCAGCACUCCUUUCCAUACCCCCUACCUGCAGGCAGCCUCCCAGCGCAUUAAGGAGCGGCUUGCCGAUCGCGCAUUUUCCGCAGACCAGCUACAAGUUCCUGUCUUGCACACCGCGACGGGUGAGGAUCUACGAGUUAACCCUCAGUCCAAUGUCAUUGAAGCCCUCGUGGAUGCGAUCACCACCGAGCCCGUUGACUUCCCCCGUCUGUUGGCCGACGCAACCACCACCCACUUUCUCGUUCUCGGGGCUGGUCGCCUCAGCGAAUUAGUCAAGCAAAUCAGACAAGGGUAUGGCCAGCAGAUCAUCGCCGCCAGCGAGCUCAAGCCUUCCAGUGCCGACAUCGGUAGCCAGGCUGACCUCUUUGCACCAACCCUCCGCCCGGCUCCUUCAUCCUGGGCGGACGCCUAUCAACCUCGCCUGGUGCAAACAGCCAACGGCCGGUUGAUCCUCGAUACGAAACUCAGUCGCCUGCUGCAGGUACCCCCGAUCAUCACCGCGGGUAUGACGCCCACUACCGUGCCCUGGGACUUCGUGGCAGCUGUCAUCAACGCUGGUUAUUUUAUCGAGCUGGCCGGCGGAGGCUACCACACCGAAGACGAGAUGCGGGUCGCCAUCGAGAAGAUCGCUGCCGCCAUUCCUCCUGGCCGCGGCAUUACCUGCAAUCUCAUCUACGUCAAUCCCAAGGCGAUCGCCUGGCAGACACGGCUGAUCCGCAAGCUCAUCCGCCAAGGAGUACCCAUUGAUGGGCUUACUAUCGGUGCCGGUGUGCCGUCGCUCGAGGUUGCUCGCGAGUACAUCGACGACCUUGGCAUCAAGCACAUCUCCUUCAAGCCUGGAUCGGUCGAUGCCAUCAACGCUGUGCUGCAGAUCGCUGAUGACCGACCCGACUUCCCCAUCGGGCUCCAGUGGACCGGUGGCCGGGGAGGCGGCCAUCACUCGUAUGAGGACUUCCACGCGCCCAUCCUGGCCACCUACGCGGAAAUUCGCAAGCGUGACAACAUCUGCCUCGUUGCCGGCAGUGGAUUUGGUGCUGGAGAUGAUACCUACCCUUACCUGACCGGCCAGUGGUCAGUUGCUCGGGGCUACCCCGCCAUGCCGUUUGACGGUAUUUUGUUGGGCAGCCGCAUGAUGCUCUGUCGCGAAGCCCACACCAGUCCAGCAGUAAAGCAGCUGCUCGCCACCACACCUGGUGUUCCUGAUGGCGAGUGGGAGAAGAGCUACAAAGGCAGCGCUGGCGGCAUCAUUACAGUUCGAUCGGAAAUGGGCCAGCCCAUCCACAAGGUGGCCACGCGAGGAGUCCGGCUGUGGGCCGACUUUGACCAGACGCUGUUCCGCCACCCUCGUCCGAAGAUGGUGGAGGAGCUGGCCAAGCGCAAGACUGAAAUCAUUGCCCGGCUGAACAAGGAUUAUGCCAAACCCUGGUUUGGUCAGGAUGCCCGUGGACAGCCGAUUGACCUGGCAGACAUGACUUAUGCCGGAGUGCUGGCCCGCAUGGUUGAGCUGAUGUAUGUGGCCCAUCAGCAGCGCUGGAUCCAUCCGUCAUACCAGCGCCUGGUGUCAGAUGUGGCGGUACGCACCCUCGAACGUGUCGCUCCGUCCGUGGAACUGAGCCUCGAUCUGCUGGAUGCACCAGCUACUUUCCUGCAGGUGCUGUCCGAGAAGUGUCCAGCUGCUGCCACGCAACGCCUGCAUCCCGACGAUGCGGCUUUCUUCCUGCGGCGCUGCCAGGCGCGUGGCCAGAAGCCUGUCAAUUUCAUUCCGAUUCUGGACGAGAACUUCGAAACAUGGUUCAAGAAGGAUUCGUUGUGGCAGUCAGAGGACCUGGAGGCCGUCGUAGGGCAGGAUCCUGAGCGCGUGUGCAUCUUGCAUGGCCCUGUCGCCGUCCGCUAUGCCACCGACAAGGACGAGUCAGCCCAGGAGAUCCUCGACGGCAUCGCGACCACUCAUACCCACGCGGCGCUGCAGGACUUUUACCAGGGUGAUCUCCAACGAGUGCCUAAAGUCGUUGAUGCAACUGCCGCCACCUCCCAUACCCAGCCCGAAUCUUCGUAUGAUGUGAGCUCCCUGGAUCUGGUGACAGACAACUCUUUUAGCUGGGUACGUGACCUUCUCGAGACGCCUACUAUCAUCCGCGAAGGCAUCCGCAAGAAGAACCCAUUCCGCAGCAUCCUGGCCGUAAAGCCAGGUCAGAAGCUGGUCGUCAAUCACGCGGAGCAGCGCAUCGUACUCUGUGAGAGGAGCACGGAACAGCCAGUGAUCAGCAUUCAAAGCGAUGGUACCCGGACCAUUUCUGUGGACCUUCAUCAGCCCAGCAGCUUUACCGCUGCCCCUGCAGUCCUCUCACUCCAGUACAAGGCUCGUUCCACUGGACUCUCUCCGGCGCUGGAGGAGGUUGUAGACGGACGCAAUGACCGCAUCAAGACCUUCUACCGCAACCUUUGGCUGGGAGAGGCGACAGACCCUACCAAGGAUAGCCACUCCACCUUCCACGGACCUGAGAUAACCCUCACUCGCGACCUGCUCGAGGACAUGUACCGGACUUUGGGUCUUUCGCCGACGGGCAUCCGACCGCAAUCUCUGCCCAUGGACAUUGCCAUUGUGAUCGCCUGGGAACCGCUGGUCGAGCCGCUUGUCUGCGCGGGAGUUGAAGGGGAUCUGCUGCGACUCGUGCACCGCUCCAACGACAUUGACUAUGUGCCCUCCGCUACACCUUUCCAGGUCGGCGAUGUCCUGCGCUCGAGUAGCCAGAUCCAGUCCAUCACCAUUGAGCCGACGGGCAAGUCGAUCGUUGUGAAGGCCACCAUUGAGCGGGCCGGAGGACCCAUCGCCUUCGUCACCUCCACCUUCUUUAUGCGCGGCACCUACACCGACUAUGCCUCCUGCUUUGAACGCAUCACCGAACCGGAGACCAUGCUCGAGGUCUCUACUCCCGUAGAUGAGGAGCUGCUGCGAUCCCGACCGUGGCUUCAGUUGGAUGAACCCACGACCCCGCUCGUCGGCAAGACGCUCUGCUUCCGACUGGAGACAUCCAUCGACUGGAAGGAUCAAACGACCUUCCAGACACUUCAAACGAGCGGUACUGUCUCCCUCCGCUCCUGGAACGGCAAGCAAACGCCCAUCGGUCGGGUCUCCUUCGAAGCUCGCGACGGCAAGGCCAAUCCGGUGUCGGACUUCCUACGUCGACGUGGUCAGCCACUGGUCGCUCGCAAGCCGCUUGAGGUCACUCAAGAGCUAAACCAGGCCUCGGAGGGCGUGCAGAUUCCCGCAUCCAACGCGGGCUACAGUACCUUCUCCAAGGACUUCAAUCCCAUUCACAUCUCGUCUGAGUUUGCACAGUAUGUUGAGUUGCCUGGCACUAUCACUCAUGGCAUGUACACGUCAGCUGUGGUACGCGCAGUCGCUGAGCGCUGUGCGGCGCAGGGUGAUCUUACACGUUUCCGCCGUUGGGCCUGCUCGUUUGUCGGCAUGGUGCUGCCGAGCGAUCAGCUGGAAGUGCGCGUACAGCACGUCGCUAUGAUUGAGGGACGAUUGCUGCUGAACGUGACGGCCGUCAAGGCUGGGACAGAUGAAGCGGUCAUCCAGGCGGAGGCCGAGGUGGAUCAGCCCUCGACGGUGUAUGUCUUUACCGGACAGGGCAGCCAGUCGCCAGGCAUGGGGAUGAGCCUGUACAAAUCCAGUGCGGCUGCCCGGGCCAUCUGGGACGCAGCGGACAAGUUCUUCAUUGAGACCUACGGAUGGUCGGUUCUUGAGCUCGUCCGCCAGAAUCCAACAGCUUUGACGGUGCACUUCCGGGGCAAACGCGGACGUCAGAUCAAGGCCAACUAUAUGGCCAUGACUAUCGAUGCAUACAGGGCCGAUGGAACGUUGGUGAAGGAGCCCAUCCUUCCGGAACUCACGCCCAAGUCCACUUCAUACACAUUUGCGGAUCCGCGCGGUUUGGUGUUCUCGACGCAGUUUGCACAGCCUCUGGUCUUGUUGUUGGAGCGCGCGGCAGUCGAGGAUCUCCGCCAGCGGGGAGUAGUUCAGGGGGAUGCUGCGUUUGCAGGACACUCCCUGGGCGAAUAUGGAGCAUUGGCAUCGUUUGGCGAGUUUAUGCCCUUCACGGAUCUCCUGCGCGUGGUGUUCUAUCGGGGUUUGGCCAUGCAGGUGGCCAUUGAGCGCGAUGAUCAGGGACGGACGAACUUUUCCAUGGCGGCGGUGAAUCCGGCUCGUGUGGGCAAGUUCUUCACGGAGAAGGCAUUGCGGCAGAUUGUGACACAGAUCGCUACGACAACGCACGCCCUGCUCGAGAUUGUCAACUUCAAUGUCGAUGGCGAGCAAUAUGUGUGUGCUGGGACGCUCGAGAACCUCCAUGCCCUGGCCGCCAUCACCGACACUAUUGCGCGGUCUCCUACUGGGGCUGCUCUCGCACGCGAAUUUACCGACGCUACCACGAUCGGUAAUGCAGACCUUGCAUCAACGAAGCUGGUAGAGCAAUGCAUUGCGGAAGCACGCCAACUCCCCGCGCCAGUGACCUUGAAGCGCAGCCUCGCGACAAUUCCCCUGCAGGGCAUCGACGUGCCCUUCCACUCGGCACAUCUGCGACCGGGAGUGGCAUCGUAUCGCAACUUCUUGGAGGAACGUAUUCCCAAGACUGAGGUGGAUCCGCAGAAGCUGGUGGGCAAGUGGAUUCCCAAUGUAAUGGGGACGCCGUUCUCGCUUAGUCGGGAGUAUGUCGAGGGGGUGUAUGGGCUGACGCAGAGUCCGAUCUUGAAGGAGGUGCUAGCAAGAUAG